CUCUUCCAAUCAGUAUGGCUUCAAUUUAGGCCCGAUUGAUGGAAUAUAGGCCCAUAUUGACCUAGCUCAAGAAUCUAGAAGAGAAUCUUCUCUAGCUCCCCGCCAUUCUCUUUCCCGCCAAUCCAAAUCCCUCCAUUUUCCUCUAUUUUCCCAUUACUCUAUAAAAUCCUUUCCUUUUCAUUUCUACAGCAUAAAGGUUAAAGAAAAAAAAAUGAAUGAAAAUUUGGAGGAACAGAGCAAGCUUCCCGAGCUUAAACUGGAUGCUAAGCAAGCUCAAGGAUUUCUCUCAUUCUUCAAAACCCUGCCCAAGGACCCUAGGGCAGUUCGCCUCUUUGAUCGUCGG